GACGAAAGGACCAAAGGAAUACAGAAACAGCUCCCUUCAACAUCAAGUAAGCUGAUAUAGGAUGAAGUCGUUGGUGUUGUUGGCCUUAUUCGCCCUGACGGCUGUUUAUUCGGCCUCCGUGUUGUCCAGGAUUCCCGCCAAAGCCACCAGUGAGUUGUUGAUCUGCGCUUUCAACAUCAAAACCUUUGGAAAAGCCAAAAUGGCUGACGCAGAGCUGGCAGAAUACAUUAAACAGAUUGUUCUGCGCUAUGACCUCAUACUGAUUCAAGAGAUUCGUGACGUCAGCGGAGAGUCAAUUCAACAGCUGUGGCAGAUGGUCAAUGCCUCUAGGCCCUAUGGAAUGACCAUCAGUGAACGACUAGGACGGUCUUCUUAUAAAGAGCAAUAUGCCUAUUUCUACAGACUGUCUAGCCUUCAGUUAGUGGGAACCUACCAGUACGAUGAUGGACCAGAUGACUACACGGACAUUUUUGAGAGGGAACCGUAUAGUGCUCUCUUUCUACCUGUCGGAAGAUCAGCAGGUGACGCGUUUGCAGUGACUGGUAUUCAUGCUAAACCUGCAGAUGCCGUUUCUGAAAUUGGUCACCUGGAGACUGUGUACUACGACGUCUAUAAUCACUGGAGGACACCGAAUAUAAUGGUGAUGGGGGAUUUCAAUGCUGACUGUUCCUAUGCCUCUGAGGAGGAACUCUCCAGUAAGGCGUUCUACACAGACCCCCUGUUCCAGUGGCUGAUUGAUUGGGACGUCGACACCACAACCUCUACUACAGAUUGUGCCUAUGACAGAAUCGUAGUAUCAGGUAGCAGAAUGGUGACUUCUGUAAUUCCGGCCACAGCGGAAGUCUAUCGCUUUGAUCAGGCAUUCAGUCUCAGCUAUGACCGUGCCUACGAUCUCAGUGACCACUAUCCCGUGGAAGUUAGACUGAGUUGGUAAAUGUAAAAGUUCUCAAUCAAUAAAUUCAAUAGAUAUAA